AUGGCUUCAGGAGGGGCCCCCGGCGCCGCCGCAGUGAUGGGAACCAGUGAUGCAGGGGGCGGGCGGCAAAGACAUGUGCCAGGGACUGCAGAAAACUGGCGUGAACCUGAUGCAGAUGUGGGCAUAGGAGCAGCUGUAGCAACACCGCAUGGCACAAUAUCACUUUGGCUUCGAGAACGAGUCAGGAUUGACAUGACAGUUGAUCAGGCCAUAAGGAUUAUUAAUCCAAAGAACAAUAUUGUCUUGACACUCAGCAGCAGUGGCUCUACAUCUUCAUUAAUUCAUCCAAAUGGACGUGUUUACCAGUAUGGUAGUCGUGUUGAAAUUAUGGCUAAUGACCCUCAUGGAAACAACAAGUACGCUAAGAUGUGGUACAAGGGAGUCAGCUUCACAUCAGAAAAAUGUGCUCUAGUUUAUCUAGUGGAUUCUGGUGGUACAAGAAGUACAGCUGAUAACUUCUUGCAAAUGACCCAGGACUUUUCUGUGUCAGUAUUUUAUACAGGAUCACGUCACGGGCCAAACUGUUCACAAGAAGUAAUUUCAGUUUUGCAAAAUGGUCAAUAUUGGAUGACAGAUGAUCUCACACAAAACUGGAUUAUUAAUGGAAUUCGAAUAUCUCAGACACGAGAUGGUCUGGUCAGAGUUGCAUGUAACAACAAUAAAUAUCAACUUCGUACUUCACCUUCUAAUGGCAACGCAUCAUUAUCAACACCUUUUGUACACUGCACUGCUUCUAUGGGACAGACGUCACACCUUUUUGUAAGACGUGGUGAAAGGCGCAUGCAUUAUGAUGGUUCCAGCUUUAUUGUGCGCAAUGCAGGACAUUCAGCUGGAUUUGAUGAGAAGAAUCAAUUGAAAGUAUACUGA